GCUUGCCUCAGGCAACAAAUUCUCAAUUCGAGACCCGCGCUGCGAAAAAGGUUCGGACAAGCCAAUCGGUUAACGGCGACGUCCAAAGCUAGGAAAACGAUCAACCCAUCACCAUUUCGACUCCCAGCCCAGUAUAUCCUUCUGAGCUGCUCAAUUGCCGCCAAAAUGUUCCGCAUUCCCUUCGCCAAGAUGUUCGGCGUCACGCCGCUCAAGAAGUUCCCCGGCCCCGUCAUGGAGCCCAUGGCCCCCUUCUUCGUUGCUGGUGCCGUUAUCUACUACGGAGUGUACAAGGCCCAGACCGCCAUGGAGGCCAGCGACGAGUGGAAGAACGACCCCCGCAACAAGUCCCGCCAAUAGAUACCUAUGCUACGAGCAUGAUAAUAGAGCGGAGCGUCCGGGAUUAUCACGGCCAGUCAAUGUCGAUUUGAACAGCAUUAGAGACGGAUGCCACUGUACCAUAGAGGGGUCGGAAACGAGAAAGCAGGAUGACUUUGACGCAUCUCUCCAAGCUCCCGUGACAAUGAUCUGCGUCAAUGACGGGCGCGAUUGAGUCCAAAACGCAUGACUGCGACAGUGACCGCCUCCCAUGCUUUUGUCCAACGACAGUUUCAGAAAGGGCCAACGGCAAGAAACCCAAACUGACUUUCAGAUACCCUUCGGGAUAACCGAAACCCUGCUAGCACGGAUGUCAAAUUGCAAUUCAGUCUUUUCAGUGACUGUUGUUGUGCCGAAGAUGUGCUGAUAUCAAACCCCAUUUGGCGAGUAGUCCUGGCAACGGGGCACUUUCUUGACCUGGUUCUCUAUGUUUGGUGAGAGAACUGUUAAGAAUGGAUCGCAUACAUUCAUCUGCUUUGAGAUGGGCACUAAGUUUUCACUCAUGGAACCUUUGCCGAAUAUCAUGAUGUCGACUUGGGUCAUAUUAGUAUGGUACGUUGAGUGAGAUGCGAAAGCGGGUGGGCUCUGAGCUCGUAUCCACGCCGGAGGAGGACGACGAGACCUAGUUGAUAUUGCAGAUAUGAUAAUAUUUGAUCAACAUGUGUCAGUUAGGACAAUCAUAAAAGGUCAGCCGUGCUGAAGUAGGUUUGAUCGUAAUCAGAUAGGAUGCCUAAAACUACCUACAUAUAUAGCACAACUAGACUAGGUCCAGACCAAGCCCAGACCAAUCCAUCUAUUCUGCCAGGUUUGUUCAUACCCAUGAGUACGAUAAACCAAAUACAUCCGAGCCUAUCAGUCGCCAAACAGCAUCAAUGUACUCGUGUACUCGUGCCAAAAAUAGUUGAAUGAUGGCCGAC